GUUAAAUUCUGUAUUAGAAAGGUCGGAAUGGGUCGAAUAAAAGUAUGCAAAAUAAACUUGCCUUGCGAUUACGAAAUUCAAACCGACAUUCAAUUUUAUUUCGCAACAACAUUGAGAAGUAGUGAAAUCUACUUGAAUCGAAUAGGUCGUAAACUGUGACUAUGUUGUGGAGAGUUUCUGUUUAUAUAUUAUUCUUAUUUUACUACACUAGCAAUGGUCAAAUUGAGCUGGUACCAAUCGGGAAUGCAUCAGCAAAUGCAAAAAAAAUGUUAAGUGGGGAUAUAGAGGGUCCUAUAAAAACCUUGAAAGCUAAAAGACCGGAUGUCAGCAACCUUCUGCUGCCGUCACAAUGGACGCUGGGGCCCGAGGGAACGCCUCGCUGGUCCAACGGAGGUAUCAAAGUCUAUAUCGACAGCGAUACUUAUGGUGAAGGCAUAGCGGGACGCGUGCUGGACACACUAAACAAAUUUCAGGGUCAUGAUGGCCACCUCUGCCCCCAAAUACAAAGGUUAAAAGAGAAGCCAACCGAGCCGGUUGGCAGCUGGUUGCACGUAACAAAUCCGGACCGAGUGCGUCCCUGCGUCCACGACGCGGGAGUUGACUACAAUGGAGAAAUUAAAAUAGUGUUAGGAUACGACUGCCUCAAGCCACGGGAGAUUCUGCAUACCAUCCUGCACGGGCUAGGAUUUCGGGAUGAGGUGACACAUCCACAGCGUGACCUCUUCGUCAGGGUCAUGUGGGAGAACAUACAGCCAGCCUUCAGAUCGAUGUUCCGAAUCCAGUUAGUGGAGACAAACGAAGAAGGCUUUAUGGAGUGCGAUCCCAUGAGCGUGAUGCACUUCCACGACCGCGCCUACAGCCUCAACGGGCACCUCACCAUAAUGCCUAUGCUUCCAGGUUUAAAAGUAGAGCCUUCAGACGAACUGUCGCAUCUAGACAAAAUGAAAAUAAAAAGGAUGUUCAGCCACGAAUGCAAGAAACGACUAGUCGACAACGUUAUACACCGAACAUGUGCCAGAUUCGACGAACUUAAAGGGGAGGCCAUACCAAAUAAUGGCAAUGGAUGUCCUUCUGUUAACGGUGGUGGGGGAGACCAUAUUGUAAUACCCGGCAACGAUGUUAAAAUUGAAGGUGAUAAUGACCAAGGAGCGAUCGGCAAUGACGUUAGUGAUGAUCAAACAGGAGUGAACUUGGAUGUUGGAGACGACAACGUUAUAAUACCCGGAAAUGAUGUAAAAGAGGCUGAUAGUGGAGUCUCUGUAAUACCCGGCAACGAUGUUGAAAUUGAAGGUGAUGAUGACCAAGGAGCGAUCGGCAAUGACGUUAGUGAUGAUCAAACAGGAGUGAACUUAUGA